AAAGCUGAUCCAUGCUGACGUGAACUGAACUCACCUUAUCCCAAUCUUUGGACAGAAUCUGCCCACAUCAGCUUGGAUAACUUUACACUCCCUCCGGUUGCAUGCAUUGUAGAACCUUUUUCAGCUCCCAUUUCCAUAUCCCUCUUAACUGAAAAACCACCACUAACAACACCACCACCACCACUGACUCCAUUUCUGCCACUAGUGCAGUACAUCCACAUAACCAUGGCUGCAACAGCUGCAGCAGCAGUGGGCUCAUCUUUCUCUCAAUCCAUCCAGACCCUCAAAUGCAUGCGUUUUAAGAAAUUGACAGCUGAAGCUGAUCAUUCUGUCCUCAAAAUUCCAUCUACUCGCAUGAUAUCAUCGAUAUCUCACUCUUACUUCACUCAUGAGCUUUUCCCCACAAACGGCACAGUUCAAAAGUGGCGUGUGCUUAAGGUAUCUGCUGCUGUUACCCAACAAGAAGCUGCGGCAACUGCCCAAGUGGAAGAAAGUUUGGUGGAGGAAGAGGAGAAGGAAGGAGAAGCUGAAGCUGAGGCUGAGAGUGAAGCUGAGUCUCCUGUGAACACUAAGCUUUACUUUGGGAACUUGCCUUACAAUGUUGACAGUGCCCAACUUGCUGGGAUAAUACAAGAAUAUGGCAGUCCAGAGCUUAUUGAGGUGCUUUACAAUAGAAACACUGGGAAAAGCAGGGGCUUUGCAUUCGUGACAAUGAGCACCAUUGAAGAUUGUAACGCAGUUAUUGAAAAUCUGGAUGGAAGUGAAUAUCUUGGUCGAAAUUUGAGGGUGAACUUUUCGGACAAACCAAGACCUAGAGAACCUUUAUAUCCAGAAACCGAAUACAAGCUUUUUAUUGGGAAUCUAUCAUGGUCUGUCACAUCUGAAAGUUUGACACAAGCCUUCCAAGAAUAUGGAAAUGUCGUUGGAGCAAGGGUUUUAUACGAUGGGGAGACAGGAAGGUCGCAGGGUUAUGGCUUUGUCAGCUACUCGACAAAAUCAGAGAUGGAAUCUGCUCUUCAAUAUCUUAAUGGAGUGUUCACUUUUCAGGAACUAGAAGGAAGGGCAAUCCGGGUGAGCCGGGCUCAAGGAAGACGAUCAUAAGAUCACGAUUGAAAAUGUGAAUUCCAGAAGCAUUGGCAGUAACUAUCAAUCUCUUAGAGGAGAUAGAAGGAGGGAGUCAUUCAGAUAAUAUAAUCAAUCACCCUGAGUGACCUGAAAUUCCUUUUCAUUUCUCCUUGUGAUAUAUACUUCAUUUUCCCCUUCAGCAUCUUUUGAGUGGAACUCAUAACAAAUCUCAUUUUCACCUUUGAUUGUUCAUUGGACUAAGACAUGAAUUGUUCUUUGUGGUUCAUAAUUGACAACUAACAACUGCUGUUGUUACUUGUAAGGGUGCAAGAACAGGCACUGUCUUGAACAUCAUAGUUCGCAAUCUUGAUAGCCUGAUGGCAAAGGAACAUCACCUUUAAUCAUUCCCCUCACUCAAAAAAAAAAAAAAUAGAAAAAAUCUAAGUCUUGAUUCAUGGAAAUUGCAAAUUUUACUAGUUAUAUGCCAAGUUGUAUUAGUUGCAGAAAUGCAUGCUGACAUUUCACAGCAAAG